AUGGGAGACCCCUUCGGCCGCUGGAGCAGCGCCCCGUCCCGGGGUGAAUAUGACGACAGGACCCAGCUCCGGCGUUCCAACAGCUUCGCCCGCCUCACCGGGAAAAGCAUCUACAACCAGCGCAAGGACUACGGGCAGACGCUGCUCAAGCUCCAGAACGAUUUCCAGCACCACGUUGAGCACCUGCUCACGAUGCACCUGGACCGGGACCUCCGCAACGCCGAGGAUUGUCUGGGGCGCCUGAAGGACCUGGAGGAGCAGGGACGGAUCUGGGGACAGGAUGUCGUCCUGGAAGUCAAGGACCAGGAGCUGGUGCUGAGCGAUGUGGAGAGCAAGGAGGAGCUGGAUGCUUUCCCGCUGGGAAGUGUGCAGGGAUGCUCCGCCGGACUGGACAACACGGUGCUGGCCGUCAGCGUCCAGGAGAGGAACCCACCGAGGACCAGCGUGCUGCUCUUCCAGUGCGAGCGGCUGGGGGCAGAGACGCUGAGGAACAGCCUGGAGAAGGUGUUGAGGCAGAGGAAGGAGGAGCAGAGCAAUCACUACGGGCACAGCCCGGACAUGCCACCGAGCCCGGCCCCUCUGUACGCGGCCCCGGGGCGCUGGGCAGAGCCCCCCGAGCCCGAGCCCUCCGUGCCCCCCCAGCGUGGGCUGCCCCCCCAGCGUGGGCUGAACCCCCAGCGUGGGCUGAACCCCCAGCGUGGGCUGCCCCCCUCGGACUACCGUCCGCCGGAGCCCCCGCAGAUGCCGCAGACCCAGCCCCCCGCCCCUGCUGUGUCCGAGGUGGACCGAGAUAUUGAGGUUCUCAACCACGUCCUGGGGGACCUGGAGCUCUUCACGGACCGCCUGAAGGCGACCCUGAAUUCGGCCAGCACUAAGAAGAAGCUGAAGAAGAAGAAGAAGUCGGCACUGCCCCCGACCGAUGAGUACACCGAUUUCUUCCAGAAGGUGAAAUACGCCCUCAACCUCGUGGGACGGACCCACCCCCGCAUGUCGGACCCAGACCCCCGCGAGCUGCUGCGCCUCAUCUUCUCAGCUCUGUCCUUCGUCCUGGAUAACUGCCCCAGCCCCGGCCUGGCCCCGGGGGUGGAGAGCCCGCUGCUGCUGCCGGAGGCGCUGCAAUUCCUUGAGGACAACCUGAGUGAUGACGACUACGGCGUCUGGAAGAGCCUCGGCACCGCCUGGAGCAAGUCCAGGGCUGAGUACCCCAACAGCGCCCAGGUGCCCGCGUACAUCCCGGUAUUUUCGGACGGGUGGCUGCCCCCCGUGAUGGAGCAGGAACGCCACAGGGGCCUCCAGGACACGCUUCCGCCUGCCCCAGUUUCCCCAACUCCCUUUCGACACCCUUCCCUGUCCCUGCCCCCCGCACAGCCCCCGGCCACCGACUGGAGAGACAGCCCCAGACAAGUACUCCCUCUCCCUGCCCAGGGGCUGGUCCGAGCCCUCUACGACUUCCAGGCCAGGAAUUCGCAGGAGCUGAGCGUCAGGAAGGGGGACACGCUGCAGGUCUUGGACCAGCAGAAGAAGUGGUGGCUGGUGCAGGACGAGAGAGGGGACAGGGGACACGUCCCUGGCAACAUCCUGGAGCCCCUCCCGGAGCCGGGGCACAGCGCCAGACAGGUGGGGGACAGGGACAGCCCCCCCACCCUGCACCCCAGCUCCUCUCCGGCGGAGGUGACGGCCUGGCUGGUGGACAAGGGCUUCUCGCGGAUCACCGUGCGGACCCUGGGGGUGCUGCCGGGGCACGAGCUGCUGCAGAUGAGCCCGGCCGAGCUGCGAGGUGUCUGUCCCGAGGAGUGGCGGAGGGUCCUCUUCAAGCUGUCCCCCAUCAGGACAUCCCUGGGGAUGGAUCCCAUGAACUGAGCCACCGAGCCCACGCUGCUGUCCCCAGUGUGUCACCACCCCGGAUGGAGCACCCUGGGAACGGC